CCAACAUCGCGACCAAUUGCGCAUCCAUAACAACCAUGGCCCCCUCCGCAAAGAAUAAAGUCGAAGAUGACUUCAUCCUCACAAUCUCAGACAACGAAGAUGAUCUAGCAGCAGAUAUUGAGGAGGAAGUCAUCGCAUCUCCCCCGCCAUCAAACAAGAAGCGGAAGCGCGCCACCGAAAUCGCGAAUGCGACAACGAAGAAGAGCAAAAAAUCGAAGAAGGGAAAGGCCACAGAAGACGAUGAGACGGAAAAUACAAAUGAGGGGAUUUGGGGCGCAAAGGACGAGGAUGACGGUGCUAUGGACUCGGAUUUCGAGUUUGCUAAUGAAGCUGGUGAGGCGGAUCUGGAGGAAUUCGAUGGGUGGGGAUUUGAAAGUGCGAAGAAGGGUAUCAAUGGUUUUGGAGGAGACAAACGAACCGUAGAUAUCGACGAAAUUAUUGCGCGACGACGAGAGAAGAAGAACGGACCUGCCAAAUCGGAUAUGCAAAAGACGGACGAGGAUGUGGAGGAGGCCAGUGGAUCCGAUGAUGAGGAAACUAUGGACUUAGAAGGACUAGACCUGGAAAACUCCGGUGACGAGUUUCUGGCAGAAGAUGGGUUUGGAAUGGGCGCAGACUCUGCGGAUGAAGAAUCUGGCAGCGAGCAAGACGCCGAAGAGGACCUAGAGGAUGGCCAGGAUGGCGAACACGAUUCAGAUGAUGAUUCUGUUGCGAGUCCUGCUCCCCAUCCCGACGAUAUUGCCAUGGGCGAUUCUUCAGAUGAGGAAGAAAAUGACGAGGACCCAGAGGAAGCUGCUCGAAGAGAGGCUUUCUUCGCACCCGAAGAGAAACCUGUCAAAGGAGCCAAGAAAGCGUCAAAUCUAUCAUUCCAGGCAAUGUCAUUAUCCAGACCGAUUUUGCGGGGUCUCGCCGCUGUCGGUUUCACGCAACCAACUCCAAUUCAAGCCAAGACUAUACCAGUUGCCUUGCUGGGAAAGGAUGUGGUUGGAGGAGCUGUCACAGGUUCCGGAAAGACUGGUGCAUUCGUCGUUCCUGUUCUCGAACGUCUUUUAUAUCGCCCUAAAAAGGUCCCCACGAGUAGAGUAGUGAUUUUGAUGCCUACUCGUGAGUUGGCAAUACAAUGUCACGCUGUGGCCACUAAGCUCGCAAGCCAUACCGAUAUCAAAUUUUGUUUGGCGGUGGGAGGUCUCAGUCUCAAAGUUCAAGAAGCAGAACUCAGACUCCGACCAGAUGUGAUCAUUGCCACUCCUGGUAGAUUUAUUGAUCACAUGCGGAACUCACCCAGUUUUACUGUGGAUACUUUGGAGAUUCUAGUCCUCGAUGAAGCUGAUCGAAUGCUCGAGGCAGGUUUUGCUGACGAACUUAACGAAAUCUUGACGACGAUUCCAAAGUCGAGGCAAACUAUGUUAUUUUCUGCUACUAUGACAUCCUCCGUCGAUAACUUGAUUCGUGUUGGAUUGAAUCGACCAGUUAGAAUCCUUGUCGACUCCCAGAAACAGACCGUUGGUACUUUGGUUCAGGAAUUCAUUCGUCUACGACCAGGUCGAGAAACAAAGAGAAUGGGAUAUCUCCUAUAUCUCUGUGCCAACCUCUACACUGAAAGAGUUAUAGUCUUUUUCCGACAAAAGAAGGAGGCUCAUAGAGCAAGAAUUAUCUUCGGUCUUUCCAGUCUCAAAGCUACUGAACUACAUGGUAGCAUGAGUCAAGAACAGGUAAAUUGUCCUUUAUAUAAUCCUCACUUCAGUCACUGAACUGAGCUAACAUCAUCCCAGCGUAUCGCAAGUAUGGAAGCAUUCAGAGACGGCAAGGCAGCCUUUCUUCUCGCUACCGAUCUCGCAUCCAGAGGUCUCGACAUCAAAGGUGUCGAUACAGUUAUAAACUAUGAAGCCCCUCAAUCGCAUGAAAUCUACCUUCACAGAGUCGGAAGAACAGCACGAGCAGGCCGUGCCGGUCGCGCAUGUACAUUAGCUGCGGAACCCGACCGCAAAAUAGUCAAAGCGGCCGUAAAAAGCGGUCGCUCUCAAGGCGCCAAAAUCGUAAGUCGAGUGAUAGAAGCCUCAGACGCCGACGAAUGGGCCACUAAGGUCGACGAGAUGGAAGACGAAAUUGAAGAGAUCCUCAAGGAUGAGAAGGAAGAAAAGGCCCUUGCGCAGUUGGAGAUGCAGGUGAAGAAGGGCGAUAACAUGAUCGAUCACCAGGAGGAAAUCCAGGGCCGUCCGAAGAGAACUUGGUUCGAAAGUGAGGUGGAGAAGACGGCUGCUAAGAAGGCCGGACGGGCGGAGUUGAAUGGUGUGCAAAGUAUCCUGAAGAAGAAGCCGGGCAAGUUGAGUAAUAAGGACAAGAAGAAACUUGAUGAUAGGGAUAUGAGGACCGAGGGGAAGGUAUGGAAAAAGGGACGGGCUGAGAGGGAUGGAAAGGGGGCGUUGGCACCGGUGAAGGGGAAGAAGGAGGUCAAGGGUGGGAAACCGACCGCUAAACCUGCUGCAAAGGGUAAGUUUGGGAAGAAGAGGUAGGUAGUUUUAUGUAGAUAAUCUGGU